AUGCAACGGCGAUCGCAUAAGAAGUCCCGAAAGGGUUGCAACAAUUGCAAAGCCCGACGCAUCAAGUGUGGAGAGGAGAAGCCUCGGUGUGGGAAUUGCCUUGAUUUUCACGCAGAAUGCAUCUACUCAUGUGGUCAAGCUGAAAAUCCUUAUAUGCGAGCAAACCUUCAGGUACACAACUUUAACCUCCGAGAUUUACAAUAUUUUCAUCAUUUUCUACAAGCGGCGAUCCCCCAUCUACCACUUGGAAGUGACACGCUGUGGGUUGAAGCAAUUCCACGGCUGGCUUAUCAUCGCCCUUAUCUGAUGCAUGCAUUGCUAGGGCUGGGAGCAUUCAGCCUAGGUGCCCUGUUCCCUGAACACAAGGGAUAUAAUCGAGAUGCGCUGGACCAUCGCCUCUACGCUAUACGAGGGUUAAAUUCGGCUAUAUCGAAUUCUUGCCGAGAAUCUGAUGAUUCAAGUGCAAUCUUGGCCAGCUGUUAUGCGCUCACGUUUCAGUCAAUAUACCUUGCAGAUGGCAUGACCGAUUUUAUUAUCUUUGUCCGUGGCUGCUAUCUUGCCACUAAUACGCUUCGUGGAGAUGGACAGCUCAUUGCUCUACCCGCCCAGCACCUCGAUAUUGUUGCCCCAAAAUUGGGCCACAUGCUUAAACCAAACAUCAGAGAAUUACAGAAAGGGCUGGCAGAUUUAGUGAAGAUCUCAAACUUGUUAGAGACACCAUUCGAGCAUGAGUUCUAUAGCGGUGUCAAGGAAGUCCUCGCAGGGUCGAUUGAGUCUUUGCAGCUUGGUUAUGUUCGUUUUGUUUCACUUUACGAAAUGUGGUCAUCGAGGGCGAAUGUUGAGGCCUUAAUUAACCCUAAUAACACAGUCUUACAGUUGAUGUUAUACUUGUACCUGUUGGAGUCUUUAAUAUUGGCACCCUUCACACCAUGGGACUUUCCACAAGGUUUAUCUACAGACCAUCGGUUGAGCUCAACCCUAAAAUGGGCUGACAAAAUUUGGAUGAGACUUUCAAAUGAUUCGAAAGCAUAUUUGGAGUGGCCGAAGUCAGUAUACGACAGACUAAAGGCCACAAGAAAUAAGGUGGGAGAUUCAUCACUACUAGAUGAACUUAAAGACAUCUUUCUCGCAAAGGAACUAGAGAGUAAUAUGUGA